AUGACUCCUGGUUUGGGUCAUGAUCCUUUAUCCAGUUACAAUAUAACGGCUCUCGGUAAUACACCUUUAUGUCUUUGGCAACAACCACAACACAUCCUCUUUCAAUUGGCUAAUUUUUGCUUUGUGUUAUCCUACUCGGCACCGUCCUCCAAAAAGGGAAUACUUUUUAUGCAUUCUGUUCUUAUUAUCGGUUUUAUCCUGUUAUCUGGAUGGGCAUGGCACGUAAUCUGUGCGCCAGAUAUAUUUUCCUGGAAUUUCGCCUUUUUGGUAUUAAAUAUCGGACAGUUGGUUUACAUUGUUUAUCAAAUGAGACCAGUACACUUUGAUCCAGAGCUCGAGGAAGUUUAUCACACGCUUUUUUAUCCAUUUAAGGUCUCUCGAAUGCAAUUCAAAAGACUAGUUUCCCCAGAAUUUGCAACAAUAAUGUCACUUCACGCAGGUGAAGCUUACGCAAUGCAAAAUUUAACGAGAACAGACAGACUAGCGCUGUUGUUGAGUGGGAAAGUUAAUGUCUUAAGUGACUCAAAUUAUUUGCAUCCGAUUCUUCCGUGUGAAUUUUUAGAUUCACCAGAGUUUGAAAGCUCCCGUGCCUCUGUUGACGAUAAAUUUAAGGUUUCUAUUGUUGCUGCGAGCUCGUGCAGAUAUUUGUACUGGCAAAGAUCAGCUUUAGAAUAUUUAUUAGUAAAAGAAGCAUAUUUAGCGACCGUUUUAACUACCUUGGUAGCGAGGGAUAUUGCUACUAAGCUCUACGCUAUGAAUAAUAAGAUAGUUACAGAUAAAGGCUCCCAUUUAGAUAUAAGACUGCCGACGAUAAGUGCCGGGUUAAAUAUGUCAGGAGAAUACCGGAGUCCACGUGCAUCUCGGCAAGCUCUUAUACGUCGUAAGGAAGGCAAAGCGACUGCCAAUAAUGUGGGUGGUGCUAAGCCAAAAGAAAGGCCGGCUAAUAACCUGACGAAACUUGGCGCGCCUAACAUGGAACCGCUACCAGAGAUGCCGUCUUGCGAUGAUUUAGCUUCCAGCGGGGUUGAGAGCUGGCUCGAAUCCUCCAGCAAGUAUCACAGCUGCGAGAUUGUCGAUGAAGAGUAG